GCAGGAGGGGAGUCCCGGCCCCAGCCAGCCGCAGCCACCUCAUCAGGAGGGGCCUCCUUCCCCGCCUCCCUCAGCCCGGCCCGCGGAGGCCCCCCUGCCGCCCACCAGCAACUUGAGGAAGGGGGAGGCCCGGGAUUCCUCGGCUCCACUUCCUGGCUCCCCAGCAGUCUCCUCCCACCCCCGAGGCCCCGGCCAGCCCAGCCACGUCACCGCCUGCUCCGGGACAGGGGAGGAGGCCAGGGUGUCCCGGCCCGCCUGGAAGGCUGCCUGCAAGAGACUGAGCUGACUGGUCCCCAGGCCGGUGGUAGCCCCGACUUGGCGCUGGGCCCCGAGGAGGCAAGGACCGGGAGGCUGGACGGCUGAUUGCCGGAGGGAGCCUGGGGCUGGGGCACGGGAGGGUCCCGGCUCUCCUUGGGCUAGGCGCUCCUACAGGGGAUCAGGGCCGGAGCCAAGAAGGGGACAGCCUUCCCCCAAGGGGGCCGAAAGGAAAGGUCUCGGGAGUACCCGGCCCUGGGGGUGGGCAGCGCCAGCAUGAACCUGUUUCGGAUCCUGGGGGACGUCUCCCACUUACUGGCCAUGAUCCUUUUACUGGUCAAGAUCUGGAGAUCCAAAUCCUGCCGAGGAAUCUCCGGGAAGAGCCAGGUCCUAUUUGCUCUUGUCUUUACAACUCGAUACCUGGACCUGUUCACCAACUUUAUCUCCCUCUACAACACAGUGAUGAAGGUGAUCUUCCUGCUGUGUUCCUAUGUCACCGUAUACAUGAUUUACUGGAAAUUUUAUAAAUCGUUCGACAGCGAGAAUGACACGUUCCGCCUUGAGUUCCUCUUGGUCCCAGUCACUGGUCUCUCCUUCCUUGAGAAUUACAGUUUCACCCCUCUGGAGAUCCUCUGGACCUUCUCCAUCUACCUGGAGUCUGUGGCGAUCCUGCCCCAGCUCUUCAUGAUCAGCAAGACUGGGGAGGCCGAGACCAUCACCACUCACUACCUUUUCUUUCUGGGGCUUUACCGGGCUCUCUAUCUGGCCAACUGGAUCUGGCGGUACCACACAGAAAAUUUCUAUGACCAAAUCGCAGUGGUGUCCGGGGUGGUGCAGACCAUAUUCUACUGUGACUUCUUCUACCUGUAUGUGACCAAAGUCCUUAAAGGAAAGAAGCUAAGCCUCCCGAUGCCUGUUUGAAGACCCAACUGAGAAGUGACACAAAACCCUCGGGGGCAGCCACGGACCUGGAUUUCCUGACCACCAGCUCCUAGAGUUACUGUGUACUGUUUUUGAACAAAUGGACUUCUGGGAAGGGAUGGAAAGAACACUUUCUUUCCCCUCCCCUCCAUUCACAUCUACACUUAAUGAAGGGUGGGACAAGCUCUGGAGCUGAAGCGUGCAAUCCCUUAGCGGGCAUCCCUCAAGUCAGAAUGUUCAUUGUUUUCCAAGGUAAUUCUCCCCAAACCAGGAAGGAUCACCCAAAUGGAGUAGAUCCUCACCACCAUUCUUACUCUACUACAAUUCACAAUACAGUGAGGGUCUUCCCCCCAUAUCGGAUUUGUUGUUGUUAUUGCUUUCCUGUGACUAAGAAAGGUCUCUUUCCCUAAAUCCUUACCUCGCCUGAAUCAAAGAAUGGGCACUGCCUCAAACAGAUCUUUUUAAGAUCUUGGCUUAAAAGGCCAAGGUCUCCUACUGCAUCUAAGGCCAUCUCCAGGCAUCCCGAUCUUGUAUCAGAGAAGAGGCUGGUGAUCCCGAAGCAUGUCCCCCUCCCCCAUCUAAAUCCAAUUCACUUGUAAUGGUACCACGGUACUCCCUGACAUCAUGGCCCUCUGAGAACAAAGGACAAACACCACAUUUUUGUCAAAGCUGGGAGUAAAAUGCGAAAUGGGUGCCCUAGAAUUUUUAAGUUGUUAUUCCCUUAAAAAAAAAAAGUUUCAUAUA